GCCAUGGGACUAUCCAAAUACUAAUAUGAUAGGCUGUUGAUGGAGAGGAUUUCGAAUGUCAGCCGGGACAGUGGUCAUCGCAGGUGGAAUUCUGGCUACAGUCAUCUUACUGACCAUUGUCGCUGUACUGUGUUUAUGUAGGUUACAGUAUUAUUGCUGUAAGAGGGAGGAGUCCGAGAAGGGGGAGGAGGAGGAACCAGAGUUCACCACCAUGUCGCCGUCCCGUCCCCUGGCUCUGUCUGCCCCUCCGACGCCCCCGACUCCGGAGCUCUACAGCGAUGAGCCCAGCACCUACCCACCCACCUUUCUGACCGAGGCCAAUGGGCCGGCCAGCUACUCGCCACCCCCGCCGCCCCGCAGGCCCCAGCGCUCGCACACCUUCUGCCCAUCGUGUGCCCGCUGCUCCCUGCCCUUCUACCUGCAGCACCCGGAGAGGCUGUGCAACGGCGGGCGCAGGAUCAGCUACAGGACUGUGCAGCAGCAAGAGCUUGAUCUGCCCAUGGACGUGGCCAGCUUCUACCAGAAGCUUAACCUCAUCCGCUCUGUUACCAUGAGGGAAGUGGUCACCCACAGUGUCAGCACUGACGUCUAG